CUCAACUUCCGGACUUUCAACGACGUCGACUCACCCCUAGUCAUUCUUUUUUUGGUUCCAUAUCAUAAGGGUCCUUGUUGUUACUUUAGCCCUUUUUAUUCCUGUGGUCUCCCCCUUCCCUCCCCUGAUCAAUGGAAUAAUGGCGGUUGACCAACAUGCUCAAUUGGAUGCCUUUGGGCUGAUCUUCCCAUUGCCGCUACGUAUAGCUGCCCUCUUGGUCGCUGGUUUUUGGGGAUGGGGUAUCAACCUUCAAUAUCUGGCAAAAGCCAACAUCGACGUUCCGGCGCUCAUCAAAUAUCCUGCCCACACACCCUCCUCGCAACGCCCACAUCACACCGCCGUCUACCGCCUGGCCACAUGUUUCACCAUCCCACUUGCCCUGUGGUUCGUCGUCUUUUGGCUGGCCACCCGCCGGUCCCCUGAAUUGGUGGAGCGACUGGACUGGAUCCCGCAGUCGGUGUUCAUUAUCCUCCUCCUUAUUCUGAUCUGGCCCUUCAACCGCGCCUCCCGUUCCGGUCGAAUCCGAUUUCUCCUUACCCUGAAGCGGAUCAGUAUUGGUGGUCUGGCCGAGUCGAAGGAUGGCAAGUUUGGCGACAUUCUGCUGGCAGAUGCCCUAACUAGCUAUGCUCGCGUGAUCGGAGACCUGUAUAUCAGCUUCUGCAUGUUCUUCACCGAUGGCAUCGCCGCUACUUCCAAGCCCAACCGAGCCUGUGGAAGUGAAAUCGUCGUUCCGAUCAUCCUCGCUGUUCCCAGUUUGAUUCGUCUUCGUCAGUGUUUGACUGAAUAUGUUCGUGCGCGGCGGACAGUCACCCGGAGAGAGACGCACAAGGUAAACCAGCACUUGGCCAACGCUCUCAAGUAUGCAACCGCGUUUCCUGUCAUUUGGAUAGCCUCCAAAAUGCGCAACUACAAUCCCUUGGAGCUACGUGGAUAUAGCGAGGUUAGCAUGAUGCGCCUUCUAUUUAUCGUCUCUUUUAUCAACUCUGCCUACUCUUUCUGGUGGGAUGUUGUCAAGGAUUGGGAUAUGACUCUCUUCUCCUCAGAACGUCGCGACAGCACCCAUCCAUACGGACUCCGCCGGCAUCGCUACUUCGGAUCCGACAAGAUAUACCACUACGUCAUUAUCGCGGAUCUGCUCCUUCGUUUCUCAUGGCUAUGGCGCAUUGUCCCAGGCCUCGGCUGGAUCCCGGAAACCGAAAGCGGAUUCUGGCUGCUCAUGUUCCUCGAAGUUGUACGACGUUGGAUGUGGGUAUUCUUCCGGACUGAAGCUGAAUGGAUUCGAAACACCCAUGGCCCAGGCCCAGAUGACGUCCUUCUCGGCGAAUACAACCACAAAUUCGACGCGGACUAAAUUUCCCCACGCCUUUCGUCUUUGAUCAUAACUUCAAGCGAUUUGGAACGUGGAUGUGAUACAGAAAAACCCUCCCUCUCAACCCAACACAACGGUUGAGUCUUCAGGCAUAUUUUGCCCCUAACCAAACUCCAAAUAUCCCUACCCAAUCCAAUACUAGAGCAGCGAUAGACGAGGACUGAGCUUGUCUCUUGUUUUUUUUUUGUUUUUCUGGCGUGUGUGGAAUCAUAUCAUUAUCAUCACACGCCCUUGUACGCCUAUUGUUUUCUUUUGGGGGUUCAAUUCAGCUAUAUGUGUGUGUAACCUCAUGCACAAUGAUUUCUUAGACUCCUUCGACUUGAUCUCUUGGCUUGCGGCAAGCAUGAAUUUCUUUUUUCUCUGGAUUUCUGUUUACUCUUCACUGUACCAAUACUUACCUAGGGUCAACCUGGUCUGACGUCUGCAUCUACCCUACCUUUGUUUCCCUCUUUACAUAUACCAUUUAUCCUAUUGGAUCGCAAUCCUGGUCUUUGAUUUCUUUUCCUUUCUUCUCGGCGUUUAACUGUCGAGAAAUCUAAUUGGUGUUAGUGGCUUGUACUUAUAGCCUUGGGGUUUUGGUUAUUGGCGAACCUAAUGAUUGAAGACUUGAAUCCGG